GCGCGUUCACGGCAGAACAAACAGCGGUCAAGGGUCGCGCGACGUCUUCUCGAAGGCGUCCAUGAAUGCGCCGACUAUCGUUCGGUAAACGGGCGCCCGGGGUAUGUUGGAUUCGGCGCUGUCGCUGUUUAUGCUGCGUGUUUCACGUGCCGUCGUGGUGGUGUGCACAAAUUGUGGGGAGAUGAAGGUGCAGUCACUGCGCGGUGCACGCGCCUGCGAAAUGUUCAAUGACGCGCCCAGUGGUUCAGGAAGACUACGCCAAGUCACGGAGAUCGUUUUUGCUCUGGCGCAGAACGGCCCUCAGAGGCUCAGACACUUGAAACAUAGCGCCAGUCUGGGAUUGACAACGGUCGAUGCCGCCUAGUCUCUUUUAGUCUGCCUGUAGAGCUGUCCAGCAUGACGAACACUGGAGCAGACGGGACCGUGGCAUGAACUCGCACCUGCUUCUAGAAGACAAUGUUUCAA